AUGCAUUGCUUGGCAACGCGUCUGGGAUCUGCCGCAUUCCGACCCGAGGACUCGGCGGGAGAAUGUUUCUUUUCUGUCGCUACGUCUAAAGCGGCGCCUGCGGAACGGCGCCUUUUAUUUCCAUUUCUUCCCUUCCCUCGGAGCGGGGAGGAGGAGAGGAAUUCGCUGGGCUUGGAAACUUGCUCCUACCAGCAGACGACGCUCCUUCCUCUCGGCUUUCCGUCCAAGCCGGCGGAAGGCAGCUCGCCUCCCUCUCGCACGGCAGAGCCAGGUAAGCUGCCCUGGGAACGAGGCUGCGGGGGCAAAGGCGCGCAACGGCAGCUGCGCGCCAUGCGCGCCGGCCGCCGCCUCCUUCUCCGCCUUCUCCUCCUCCUCCUCCUCUCAGCCCCCUUGACGAAGCGGGCCUGAGGUGGAGGAAGCGGGGCCGCCGCCACUGCGUCUCGCCGGCUUGGCUGUUUUGGGGAGCGGCGGCUGCUUCUAGGCGAGGCUGCGGCUUCUCUCAGGUACAGGCUCGGCGGCGGGGAGGAAGGCGCCGUGUGGGGCUGCGCGGUGGCGGGAACGGAGCGAGAAAAGACGCGGGGAAAGGGGAGGCCAAAGCUAGGGUGGAAGAAGAGCUAUUCAGGGGAAGGAAAGGAGGCGGCGGGUUGGUUUGUUUAUUUGCCCCCCCUUUUUUUGGAGAGGGCGAGCCCCAGGCCCAGGCCCCUCUCCUUCCCACGUUCCUUUGCUGGAGAAGCCGCUCGGGGGCUGCAACCCGACGGCCUCCUCUUCGGGAGAGUUGCCAAGGCCACGGGGCUGUCUUGGGCAUGUCGGCGCACGCGGCUCCUCUCCCAGCCCAGACAGGCUUGGCUGCUGUCGCUGCAGGUGUAUAUGGGGCUGGAGCUGUCAAUAAUUGAGGAGCAACCCUCACGACGGCGUCGGGUUUCUCCGCUUCUUGGCGCGGAACGCAGCGACGUGAGCUGGGAGGGAAGGAGUUGGUUUUUGUAAGCUUGUCCGAAAGCAUGCCUUUCGCUCGCGUGCGUUUAUGCGCUUUCCCCUCCCAGCCCGUUCCAGAAUCGAUGCUUUUGCACAACCUCGUUAUGCUGCCCAUAGGAGCCAACUCCUAUAAAAUAUUUGACGGGGGGGCCAAACCACCCCCUCCCCAAGUUGAUGGGCAUUGCAAUUCAAAUGGAGUGUGAUCGAUUAUGCUGGGCAGGGUUACCGCCCCCGCCCCCCCACUUACAGUGGUACCUCGGGUUAAGUACUUAAUUCGUUCUGGAGGUCUGUUCUUAACCUGAAACUGUUCUUAACCUGAAACACCAUUUUAGCUAAUGGGGCCUCCUGCUGCCGCCACGCUGUCGCUGCGGGAUUUCUGUUCUCAUCCUGAAGCAAAGUUCUUAACCCGAGGUAGUAUUUCUGGAUUAGCGGAGUCUGUAACCUGAAGUGUAUGUAACCUGAAGCGUAUGUAACCCGAGGUACCACUGUAUUUUGUUCAAGUUGGCACCCCGGAUGCUGCAUAUGAAUUAGGCAUCAAGUGGACAUCGCUGCAGUUUUGCAGAUAAUGAGAUGCACGCAGGGUGGGGAGGGAGAAGAAGAGCAAAAACAAGCCAGGUCCAAGGGAUGAGGCUUUAGUAACACCUACUGCUUAAAUUAGAAAUAUCCAUUUGGGUGGCAUGAGAGGGCAGUGUGCCUCCUCACGUUUGGAAUGCAGACUGUGGUGCUUUAAGAACAAAUCCCAAGGCUGUUCUUCUAGAGCCACAGCCAGAGUGGCUAGCUGUCAAGAUAUCAAUGCAGCCACCGUCAGUUAUCUUUUGAAUGCGGUCAUGCCUGCACAUGCUUUGAUUAUGGGAAGGAACAGUCCAUAUCUAGCUGCAGACAAGGAAAGGCCAUCUUGUUUUCCUUUGAGGAGCAGCUGUAUUUUACAAUUCGCUUCUACUGUAGUCGUUCUGGGUUCUGGUUAGGAUUUUGGGGAGUGAUUUUGUUUAACCGUAAAGAGAGGCUGUGGGGAAAAAAAUAAGACCAACAAGAGCACAAAUUAAUUCUCUGGUUUCCCCAUCACCACCAGCUGCUCUCUCUGCAAUGGCAUGCCAAGCCCUGAAUUGAUGCUGCAUCUUCCUGUGGCGCAAAGGCAUAAGAUAAAAGUGAAUAAUGCAGACUGAACACAUGUAUGUUAGGGCUGCCGUCUUGUCAAGCCGUUUUGGCAGGAGGUUCCAGAAGCAAUAAAAAUAGAUGAUGGGAUAUGAUAUGAAACCCUAAAGGACUCUUUCUGGGAUGUUUGAAGGGUCACACCUGACAGGAAGACUUGGAAAUUUCGAAGAGUUUUACGUGCGAUAGCAAGAUAAGUGGUAGCUGCAUCUUGGAAAUAUUUUGGUAUGAGGAAAUUUGACAUUUCUAACCAAAAUGUACAGAUUCAUAGGAGGGUGCUCAACAGACAGGUUUAUUGAAAAGUUGUGUUUAUUUAUAAUCAGUGGAAUAUGAAAUACCAUGAUAAUUGAACCAUAUAUAUUAUUUUGAUAGGUCCAACAUGUUGUUGUUGUUUUGUUGUUGUAAAUUUAAAUCAUAUCUUCAUAUGCUGCAUAUUUUAUUAUCUAAAAGUAAUACGGUUUUUUAUGUUUGCGUUUUCACAAAAACAAAAAUUGUUUUACAAAAAUGAAAUAUGGUAGAUUUGAAUUGGAAGAGCAAAUAAGAAUGGUCAGCUAAUUAACUUGCCAUUAAAUCUGUGUUAUCGUCAACACAGCUUUGCAAAUAUGAAUGGUCACUAUAAUGAUUUUACCGUUAAUGUAAUUGUCACAGUCUGGUCUUGUAUUGCAUUUAUCCCUUAUCGCUUACACAUUCCCACUCCCCAUCUGCAUUCCCAUGCAACCUUAUGUAUGUAUAGAUCGGUCAACUUACAUAAAAUUGAAUGCAUCUGAAGUGGAGACUAGUCCGCAAAAGCCUAUGCUAUAUAUUACAAGCCUUUCCGUAGCUUUUAAUGCAACAGGCUUGCAUGGCUAACACGCUGGAUAUAUGUUAGCUGAUUGACAGUGAUUGCCUGCUUCAUGUGGAAAGUUGAUUGCAUUGACAAAACGGUGAUUUUCCUCUAGCAGGCCAUAAGCAUAGUGUCAGAGUAAGUUUUUGGCAGUACAGUCGUACUUUGGAAGUCAAACGCCUUGCAAGUUGAAUGCUUUGGCUUCUGAAUGCCGCCAACCUGGAUGUGAUUGUUCCGGUUGGCAAACGUUCUUUGGAACCUGAACGUCCAUCGCGGCUUCCAGUUGGCUGCAGGAGCUUCUGCGUCUUGGUUCCCGAACGUUUUGGAAGUCGAACGGACUUCCGGAACGGAUUCCGUUCGACUUCCAAGGUCUGACUGUACUGCAUAAGAACGUAAAAGCUCUGCUGGAUCAGACUAAAGGCCCAUCUAGUCCAGCGUUCUGUUCUCACGGUGGCCAACCCGUUGCCCUUCGGAGGCCCACAAGCAAAACAUGAACCUUAACUGCAUUUUGCCAGUGGUGAUUCCCAGCAGCUGUCAGCCAGGGGCACGUUGCCUCUGAUGCUAACUGUAAUAUAGCUGUUGUCUGUAGUAGUGAAAUACGUACCGGUAUGUUGAAGUUUAUAUUUCAGCCAUUCUUUGGUUCAUGCCACUAGGACUGCAACACUCGGCCUUCUCCUUUUUUAAAAAAACAAACCAUAAUCCCAUUAGAACUACUGUUUUAUUAAUGUGCAUAUUUGUGCAUAAUUAAUCAGCAAUUAAUCAAUUAAACCGCAUAGCUUAUUCCACUAUGAUUUCUUCAGACAAGUGGCCAUUCUGUUUGCCAGCAGCUCCUACAGUUGCUCAUUGGGCUGGCUCACUGUAAGACUGUGUUUCCCUUGUUAAAUGGCAACUUUAGCAGAAGCCUGCUUUCUUAACCUUACUUUUUUGCAAGUGACUUCAGCUGAAAUAAGCGUAACUCUGAAUAAAUAUUGUUAGGAGUGCUUGUGUCUGAGAGCUGUCAGGCUAGUUGGCAUGAGGGAGAGGACCUUUUCAGUGGUGGCUCCAUACUUUUGGGUUGAAUUGCCGGCUGGGGUUCUUCAGGCAUAAGGAGAAUCCCAAAACUCAUAUGUUUUUACUACCAUUUCUUUGAUACAUAUUUUUUGUGGUUCGCUCCUCCCCUUUAUUGUAACUGUCUUUUGUUGAGUUUUUAUUGUUGUUUGCACUGUAUUUUUUUUAUGGUUCACCAUAUCCUUGGACCCUUAAUGGCAUCUUAGAAGUAUUUUAAAAGAAAUAAACAAAUUAGGAGUAUGUUACUUUAAAUAGUUCAUAUUAAUGUUUGGACUGAGAAACAAAAUGAGCAUAUGACUGAGGUACUAUGCUCUUUGUACUGCAUCUUUUAACUGAUCCCUGCCCUGUAAAUAGUGAUUCUACUUUUAAAGAGUGUGCACAGCUUUUCCUAAUCUCUUGACGUAUUGGCAAUAUUCUGAGCAGAUUUAAGAGUAAUCCUGUUCCAUUUGCUAAAAAAAAAAAACAGGCAGUUGGCAGAAAAGAUGGGAUGCGAUCUGUAAUACUCACAGGUUGAUCAUGUGUGGAUAUUGGAUUAAGAGGAAGGAGAAUGACAAUGUAUUAUCAUGCAUCUUUUCCUACAAAGUACAAGUACGAUUGUACGUGAGAGCUAUACAGGCUAAUUUCAAUUAACUUGUGUUACCAAUAAACUAUUGGCAGAUUUUAGAUAAAUCAUUUUGCUUCUUGCAUUGUGUAGUCUAUAUAGACCUUGGAAUUUUCUCUCUCAGAAGCUGUGGGUGAAAAGCAUUCAAACAAGGACCUACAAAAUGCUUGUAGGUUACCCAUAACAUUAGCUCUAGGUUUCUAAAAUCAUAUUAGCAAGGAGGUUUUUGUGUGUGUGUGGGGGGGGUAAUGUCUCUGGUUCACUGCACUGCAGCUGGGCUGACUGAUUGGCUAAGUACCUUUGCGUGACCUCCAUGCUACACCCCCCCGCUUUCUUCAGAUUUGCAUCGGAUGCCGCUGCUAAUUUAGCAUUACAGCACCAUGUAGAAAGGAAUGAGAGGUUGCUUUGCAGAAGUCGCCUGUACUUCUUCUGUAAGCCAAUACUGUACAUGUGAAGUUAUCUGGAUCUUUAACAAAAGGGGGUAACUAGAAUACAGUUUAGUUCAAUAGAGGCUUCAGUCAAACAUGACGGGCAUUAAAUAUGUAAACAGAAUGCCUCUGUCUGGUCAGGAAUUGUCUUUCUUGAAGUAAAGUGUAUCUGCCUACUAUAAUGACAUUUAAGUCUGCCUUACUGGCCCCCGGAUGAGGUUUCACACAGUUUCUCCUCCUUGAGUGCUUUUAUUUCAGUACGCCCAGAUUGCAAAGUGCUGUGAUCACAAUGCUGUGUGUCCACAGAGAGACUCUAAAAGCCUCUUUCCUUUUUGUGCAAAUUGCCUCAUCCAGCCAAUGUUGUCAGUUUUGUCAGAAAUCCCUUUAACCUGAGUUCUUCACAGGCCAGAUCCUUAUAGAGAGGAAUUGCUGUCAGAUUACACAAAUGUGCUUGAAGGAUAACUUCCCUUUCAAGAUAUUAUUAUUAUUAUUAUUAUUAUUAUUAACUAUUCAAAGAGGGGAAGCAAGAUUAGUGAUGUAAAUGAACAUUGAUUUUAUAUAGCAAAUGUGCCAUCUCUGUGUACAUAUGGUUAACUUUCUGCACCAUGUUCUAAAGAGGUUUUUGGGCAGUAGUGACAGAUAAUUUUAAGCUGCAGAGGUGAGAAAUAAGUUACGGUUUGUUUGCUCAUCUUUGAGAUGACUUGUUGAACAAAUCACGGUAAAAACAAACCAUAGUUGAGCAUUACAUGCAAACAGCCUGUGAGUUGAACUGAAAUAAGCAUUUGUAUUGAAUGCUUCUCUUGUUUAUUUGCAUGUGCCGCUUUGAACAAGCUUUUCUGGUUGCUUGUCUCACUGUCUGCAGCUUGAAAUAAAAUCCGAUUUCAUUUGAAAGAAGCAUUUCCCGGUCUCUCUCAUCAGUGUUGGGACUAAGUGAUUUGGCUGUGCCUGAACCCCUGGCGGGCUUUUGCCUAUAACAAUUUGGUGACCCCAAAGAGACCACACUGCUUGAUGUUGCCAAGGCCCUUAUACUCUUAGACCUGACGAAAGGAGCAACACAGGCGAGUUCACAUUCCUGUGGUCUUUCUUGGGAGUUUGGACCUUUGUAUGAACCGCCAAGUUUGUCCCUAAAAUUGAGAGACACCUUUCUGGUGGAAACAUCUGGACCAGUGGGGUCUGUAAUCCAUGCAUGGGUGGUCUAGUAAUGUAUUUGGUUUAGUUCUGCUUAAAUGUCUGUAGCUCAGAGAGUUGGUUUUGAAACAGGUUUGAGACCUGUAAAAAUAAAUCAGUGAUUACAAGUUGAAGUUCUGUAGCCUGUUGAGUAAAUUUUAUUGGAAAAUCCAUGGAUUGGGUCAGUACUGUGUGUUUUGUUGGUAUUUUUAAUAUGUAUUUUUAAUAUGGCACUGUGGGUUAAACCACAGAGCCUAGGACUUGCCGAUCAGAAGGUCGGAAGUUCAAAUCCCCGCAACGGGGUGAGCUCCUGUUGCUCGAUCCCUGCUCCUGCCAACCUAGCAGUUCGAAAGCACGUCAAAGUGCAAGUAGAUAAAUAGGUACCACUCCGGCGGAAAGGUAAACGGCGUUUCCGUGCGCUGCUCUGAUUCGCCAGAAGCGGCUUAGUCAUGCUGGCCACAUGACCUGGAAGCUGUACGCCGGCUCCCUCGGCCAAUAAAGCGAGAUGAGCACCGCAACCCCAGAGUCGGUCACGACUGGACCUAAUGGUCAGGGGUCCCUUUACCUUACCUUACCAUAAUAUGUAUUUAUUGUACUGAGGAAUACAGAUUGUGAUGUGUAUAUAUAUACGAUACCAUUGCCUUCCUCUUGAGUCCCGAGAAGGCAAGGGCAACCUUUGGUUUUGACCUCUUGAUCUCUGGGCAAGACAGAGAUAUUGUUUGUGACUACUGGAUGCUAGAAGUUAGUGAAUGUUGUGUUAAGAAUAUUUCCUUCCUUUUUAAAAAAAACUUAUAUUUGUUUUAUUCCCUCCUUAUUUCUCUAGAGAGGGGUUCCCAGCGGUCCAUGACACUUGAGUUGCAGUGGACAGUUCAUAGAUUCUUCUGCAGAUGUCAUGACUUUCAAGUCUGGGAUGCCAGACAGAUGUUGUAAAAAUAAUAAUAAUUAGAAGUAUUGGCUUCUUAUAUUCUUUUAGAGGCACACUUUUGCCAACAUCAUAUGCAGUAAACGGAAAAUCAAUAUAAGGACUUGUUUCUUCUUUUUAGGAUAACAAGAUGCCAGAGAUUACUAACAUAGAUGUGUCAGGCGGGCAGAUUGAUAAAAGUGUUUCUAGGCAGCAGUCAGUCCUUCCCCGUGCCAACUAGCUAGUGGUGAGUGCUUUGAAAUGAUGCAGAGCAGCAGGAAGACUAUGCACAAAAUCUAGUCCUUGCUUGAAGCUAUACUAAUAAGCAGAGCAGUCUGUUGUCAGUGAGCUGAGUCUUUAUCUGUGUGAUUUCAUUGCCUUGGUAGUGUCGGUAGCAGAGAGUAGAGUUCUCACAUUUUUGUCUGUCUGUGGCUUAUUCAAUUAAAAAGCAAUUAAUAGCAAGCAUUUAUUUCAGAAAAACUUAAUGAUUUGAUAAAUUGUUUGUUUUCGUGGAGACUAGGUCAGGAGUGGAGCCAUAGUUGUAUAAUGUUUGUGAUGGGAAUAACAUUUAAAAACACACGCACACUUCAAUGUUGUUUGGCAUUGUUGUCAUUCAGUCACACUUGGCUUCUCAGAAGACAGUUGAUAUUCAGUAUUCCUAAGGGCAGUGCUUUCUCUUCCUAAAUCACAGGGAUUUUCAAUCUUUUCCUUCCCUUUUCCUUUUUCAAAGUUCCCGAGGAUGGAGGCUUAGAAGAGAUGCAAACAUUAUAAACCUAACCAUGCCUUGUCUGUAACGCUUACCAUGGAGCACCAUUAAAUUCAUUGAUGGCAUUAUAGGACAUGGUAAGCCAUCCACCAUGGCGUACCGUGGGUGAGCAGUGUGCUAGCGCCCAGGCUGGACUGCUCCUUCUGCACUCCUCCAUCACAGCAACAAAUAAGCAAUUGUAACAACUGUACAUUUUCUUUUCAUAUGCUCCCAACAUUUCCCGAGAGGAAUUCGGGACACUCCCCAUCCCACUGCUUGCCUGCUCACCCCCCUGCCACCUUAUCCUCCUCUCUCCACCGCUGUUUGUGGUCUGUGGUUGCAGGCAAAGACCACGAUGCACGGUCAGGGGAAAAACAAUGUUGUCCAGGGUUGUAAAGACUGCGGAGAGAAUAAUUGGGUGCACUUUCCCUCCUUGGAUCAAAUCUAUGCUUCCACGUGCCAUAAGAAAGCUGCAGAGAUAGCGCAGGAUAGUGCGCACCCCGGAAAUGAUCUCUUUCAGCUUCUGCCUUCUGGAAGAAGGUACAGGGUUAUAAAGACUAGGACUAGCCGCCUGAGAAACAGUUUCUAUUCAAAUGCGAUUUUGGUUUUAAACGCAGUGUAAGGUAGUCUCUAUGGGAGUAUAUUGUAUUUAAUUAUGGGGUAUCAGAGUUUUUAGGGGGCUAACCAGGCUGGGAUAGCAGGCUUGUUGGUUUCUGAAUGUCUGGUGUAGAUUUUCAAUUUCGUUGUUCUAUAUGGGACAGUGACAAAAAAGACUAUCGUAUUGUAUGAUGCGGUAGAGGUGGAGUUUGUGGUGCUGCAGAAGUGUGUUUUGUCAGCACGCUUCUGGAAAAGCCAGAGCCUUGGCUAGGGCAGCACCACCACAGGUGGAGACUGUGGCAGUGGUGGUGUUGGCCAAAAUGGGACAUCCAGGAUUACUUUCAGAAGCUGGGGUUGCUUAUGUAAAUCUGGGAUGUCCCGGUAACAUUGGGACAUUUGGGUGGUAUGCCUUUUUUUUUUAGUAUUGUUAAGUCCAGUUUUACAGCGGUACCUCGGUUCUCGAACAUAAUCCAUUCCGGAAGACCGUUCGAGUUCUGAAACAUUUGAAAACCGAGGCGCAAAGUGCUGUCUGCAAAUUCAAUUUAGAAAAUUGAAAAACACGCAGCGGAAGCUGUUCGACUUCUGAGGCGCAUUCGAAAACUUCUGGGUUUUUGGUGUUUGGGUUCCAAAACUUUCAUCAGUGGAGACGUUCGAGAACCAAGGUACCACUGUAGUAGCUUUUCCCGUGCUUGCAAAGCUGGCUGGAGAGAAGAGUGUUUCUGAUCAUGUGCAAACAUAAAGCUUGAGGGAAUUUUGCUAAAUAAAUAUAGUGUUAUAACAUCUGGACUUGGAGGGUUGUUUGUUCAUCACAAAAUUAACUAAAGUGUGGGGAUACAGACCCUUUUUUUGUGCAGCACCCAUAUUUGUCUUUAAAACUUCCACAGGCCCUAUGUUAUGAUACCAAAAAGUUUUUUACUUCUACCAAGGCUCCCCUCAUUUCCCCCUCCAAUUUAGACUUUUAAAUUAUUCUUUCUUGAUUGCUCCCUUAGUUUCUGUGAUGUCUUGCUUAAAAUAUGUGAUUCACCCCCGCCCCAUUUGACAUUUACAAAAAAAAUAAUAAUUGAAUUUUGUAAUAAAUGACUCAAAAUAGUGUAGAAUCGUUGAUGGAAAGGUCUUUUGGAAGGCAACCUUGGGUAGUUAUGAAAUUAUUCAAAGCUCCUGUAAGAAUCUGCUCAUUAUUCUACAAUUAACAAUAUGCACAUUGGGCAUUUAAAAGGUACAAAUUCAUUUUAUGUAGCAUGCCUCAUGCUUUUUGCUUGCUUUUCAGGCCACGUGUGA